UCUUUGCCCUCGUAAAUCUAAUGAAAUAUAUUGAUUUAAUAGCUUUGACUGAAUUGUUUUGACUUCUUCGUAUGUCCCUUCACGCUUGCCGUAGACUAAUGAACUUGCCUCAGAAAACGGACAAUCGGUCAAAGUUUAGUCAACCUGGUCCUGACUGCUUCAGAGCGGCUGAAACCUUCACAUUUCUCUACAAUGACAUCACGGAAUAUAGCUCGAUUUUGGGAAUGGGGGAGGAAAAUAAUUUGUGUUGGCAGAAACUAUGCCGACCACGCCAAAGAGCUGAAAAAUGCAAUUCCUAGUGAGCCAGUACUGUUCCUGAAGCCCCCCUCUGCGUAUUUAAGAGAGGGUUCACCUAUCCUGGUGCCCCUGUACUCCAGCAACCUGCACCAUGAGGUGGAGUUAGGAGUGGUCAUCGGGAAAGGCGGCACGGCCAUCCCUCAGUCCGCCGCUAUGGAUCACGUUGCAGGCUACGCUCUGUGCUUGGACAUGACAGCACGGGACGUCCAGGACGAAUGCAAGUCCAAAGGUCUACCCUGGACGCUGGCUAAAGCUUUCAACACCUCCUGCCCCGUCAGUGAGUUCAUCCCCAAAGAGCGCAUACCUGACCCGGGGAAUGUCAAGCUGUGGCUGAAGGUGAACGACCAGUUGCGGCAGAGCGGCUGCACCUCCCAGAUGAUUUUCUCCGUCUCCUAUCUCAUCAGCUACAUCAGCGAGUUCAUCACCCUGGAGGAGGGCGAUCUCAUCCUAACCGGGACACCCAAAGGAGUCUCCGCCGUGCAGGAGCAUGACGAGCUGCAGGCUGGGAUUGAGGACGUUGUCACCAUGAGCUUCAGAGUUGACCGACAAGACCAGUGAUGACUAUAAAACACACUAAUGAGGCGAAAUAAAUAUUCUGACUCGUGAAGAGAGAGUGUUUUUGCCGGAAUUUUAAGAUUAAUUACUUCAAAUACAUUUUCAAUGUCAGCGUGGACCAGCAGGUGGCAGUGUUGUGCCAUCAAGAUCACAUACAUCUGAUGUAUUUUAUCCUGCGUUUUACUUUUCGGUUACAUUUUACUGUAUUAUCUACUCAUACCAGUGAUGUGAAAAUCACGCUGUCGUUUCAGGUCAUUGAUGUUGCAAAAAGUAUUCUGAACUUGUUUCCAAAUAAAAUAUGCAAUCAUA